AUGCGUCAAAACAUUUUAGGCACUGACAUAUUCUAUUUUCGGAAGAUCCGAUCCCCUCUCCUUCCGCGACGGUCGUCCAGCGCCUCACCGGCGCUCCGCGCCUCGGCCGCCCCGCCCGCGGCGGUGGCCCCUCGCCGUGCGCCAUUCAAGCUCCGGGAUCGGCGCGGGGGCGCGCUCCACCUCCGCCUCUCCCCCUCCCCCCUCCGCCACCACCACCACCACCACCGCUCCUCCUCCUCCUUCGCCGGAGCCCAAUCGCCCACGACGCCGAGCCCUAAAUCCCCGCUCGGAUCCGACCCGCUCUUCUCCCCGCCCCCCGCCGCGUCCUCGCCGUCGCCGGGGAAGGAGACGGCGAUCCCCGCGAACCGCUUCUUCUUCCUCCCCCCUUCCCCCCGCAUCCUCUCCGCCGCCGCCGCCGCCGCCCCCCCCGCAUCGCCGGAGCUGCUCCCGCUCUUUCCGCUCUCCUCCCCCGCGCAGCGCCGGCGCGGCGACGAGGAAUCGAGCAUCGGCGACAAGUCCAUGUGAGGGAAAGGUGUUGAGCUACUCGCUUCAUCCAUUUUGUUGGAAAUGACUUCAGAUGGAAAUGUAAAAAAAUUAAAUUUCGACUUAAUUAAACUUUGAUCAAGUUUUCAGUCCAUUGCACGAGAUACAACUAGUAUUAUCUUCGGAAGACUCAAAAGACGAUUUGGGGAGGAAAGAAGAGGUCAUAAGUUUUUUUUUAUUUUUUUUAUUUUGUAGAAAUAAUUUUUAUGUGCUUGUCAUGCAUUAAUGAUGUACAGUGAUGUAUAGAAGGAAGUGUACAGAGAUUUUGUUCUUCGGUUGAGCAUGACUUCAUCUGUAUCACUCGAUUGUGGGUGAAAUGAAUGGAGUUUUCGGACAUUCGGAACAACUUUCGGGUGCGCCUACGUAGGAUUUGGAAACCCACAACACUACUCCGGUGUUCUUCCUUCUAUCCGAGUGUUCGAAAUGGGAUUCGGGCGCCCGGAACCUCUUUCGGAUGCACCUUCGUGCAUUCCAGACGCCGAGAUGGAGAAGACCGAAUCUCACCUCCGGGCAUUCGGUCUAGAGCCUGACACUUAAUUACUUGUACAUUUGUAGAAAUUGAUUUUGCAUUGAUUUAAAUGCCCUUGAAUUUUGAUAAA